CAUUAUUUAUUGUGCCAAAAAAAAGCGCGCGGUCUAUGUCGGAGCAAGGAAGAGGAUAUACAUAAACUCAGACGCUGGCGUUAUUACAACAUAUUGCAAAUAUUUUCGUCCUCCAUUUACAUCUAUAACCCGCUGCCAUGGGAAUUUUGGGCCUAUCCAAGCUAAUUGCCGAUUUGGCUCCCCAGGCCAUACGCGAGAGUGAGAUCAAGAAUUUCUUUGGGCGCAAAGUGGCUAUCGAUGCUAGCAUGUGUCUGUAUCAGUUUCUCAUUGCUGUGCGGUCGGAAGGUGCCCAACUGGCCACGGUGAAUGGUGAUCCCACAUCCCAUUUGAUGGGAAUGUUCUAUCGCACCAUCCGCCUGCUGGACAAUGGCAUUAAGCCGGUCUAUGUGUUCGAUGGUAAGCCACCAGAUCUAAAAAGCGGUGAAUUAGCCAAGCGCGCGGAGCGUCGCGAGGAGGCGGAGAAGGCUCUGAAAGCGGCCACAGAGGCGGGCGAUGAAGCCGAAAUUGAGAAAUUCAAUCGGAGAUUGGUACGUGUGACCAAAGAGCAUGCCCGAGAGGCCAAGGAGUUGCUCAAACUGAUGGGUGUUCCCUAUGUGGACGCACCCUGCGAAGCCGAGGCCCAAUGUGCCGCUUUGGUUAAGGCAGGCAAGGUCUAUGCAACGGCCACAGAGGAUAUGGAUGCUCUAACCUUUGGUUCCAGCAAAUUGCUACGUUAUCUCACCUACAGUGAGGCCCGAAAAAUGCCCGUCAAGGAGUUCACCUACGAAAAGCUGCUCCAGGGACUCGAACUGAAUCAAAGGGAAUUCAUUGAUCUCUGCAUCCUUCUGGGCUGCGAUUAUUGUGAGAGCAUCAAAGGCAUUGGGCCCAAACGAGCCAUCGAGCUGAUCAAUUCCUAUAGAGAUAUUGAGACUAUAUUAGAUAAUUUGGAUACCAGCAAGUACACCGUCCCUGAGAACUGGAACUACAAGGUGGCCCGCGAACUCUUCAUAGAACCAGAAGUGGCAGAUGCUUCUGCAAUCGAUCUCAAAUGGACCGAACCCGAUGAGGAAGGUCUGGUUAAGUUCCUGUGUGGUGAACGUCAGUUUAGUGAGGAAAGGGUACGAGGUGGCGCCAAAAAGCUAUUGAAAUCUAAGAAGGCUCAGACCCAAGUGAGACUGGAUAGCUUCUUUCAGACAUUGCCCAGUUCCCCCAAUGCGGUAGCAGCUGCCAAACGCAAGGCAGAGGAGGCCAAAAAGAGUGCCAACAAUAAGAAGGCUAAAAUUGGAGGCGGUGGCGGUGCAGGGCGUGGCAGACGGCCUAAAUAAGUUUUCAAUAUUUACACAAACAUUUUUUCUUGUUUAAUUCCUAAUUCUAACAUAAAAAACACACUUUUUGUAACUUAAAA